UAUACUUCGUUGCUCUGCCACCUCUUUAAAUCUCCGCGAUGCUGUUAUUAUAAUUUAUAGAAAAAAAAAUUUGACUGCUUUUUUUCUGAGACACUGUAGACACACGAUGGGCAUGCCUACCUCUUUAUCAAGAGAACGAGGAUUUGGCAAAUGUAAAAAAAGAGAGGGGGAAGAAAGAGUGACAAUCAGUAAGGGCGAUAAAACGAAUGAACAUCAAAGAAAGAAGGAGCGGGUGGGAUGAAGCGAGAGAGACUGAAAGAGGGAGACGGACAGGAAAGGAGAAAGAGGGGGCGAGAGCGAAAGAGCGUCUGAGUCUGAACGGUGGAGGUUCGCUUGGAUACUCUCGGUCAGUCACAUACGCAACGCGGAACAGUGAAUAGUGAAUACUUUUUUCUGUAACAAAUCGAUUAACUUGAUUUCGUCAUCAACGGUAUCUACUGCGUGUUACUGCGUGUCUGUAGUAUUUCGUUGAUAGCUAUUUGUAUCGCGUGUGUUUUCGCUUUCAAGAUUGUGCGAUUCGUUUGCUCCUAUCUUAAGAGUGGUUAAUCGGGGGUGUGAGUGGGUUUGUUACGUGCUAAUUUUUCCUCUUUCUUCCAUCUGGUUCGCCGAUAGUGUGGACAAAGGGAGGAUGAUGCGGCCUUGGAGCUGAGACCGCCCCGCAGACUGCGUCAGACGGAAGGUCCGGUACCACAACCGAUCUCCAAAAAGUAAGAAAAGCUCUAAUAUCGUCUCGCGUCUCGACCUUUCCACGUUGCUAGCGUACUCGCAAACCACUCGAGUAUCAGAAACGAAACGAUAGAACAAAGCGUUACAAAAAAAAAAAAAAAAAAAAGAGCGAAUACAAAAAAAAGCAGAGCUUAAGCGUGCGAGAGGGGGGAGAGAGAGAGAAAGGGUGAAAGGAGGCGACAGAAAGAAGCGGACGGAGAGCACAGGUGGUAACCAGAACUAAGAAGAAGGAGGAGCAGAGACUGAAAUAGGAAGGACGAAGAAACGAAUGCUUUCGAAGUGAGAAGACGGUGUAUAGGUCGUCGAAUCUAUACAGGGUAUGUUGCAGCGGUAAACAGACGAUCGAAGGAAGAAUUUAAGAAAGUUAGUUGGAGUGGCGCGCUUACUGCCGCGUCGUUGUUUUCCGAAUUCGAAGCAAAAGAGGAACUUGUUGAAAGAAGGGAAGUUAGAGGAGACAAAGAAAAGGAAGAGACAGUCGACCGAGAGAAGAAGAGGGGAAUUGUGUGAAAGGGUCGGCCGGUGGUGAGAAAAAUGGCUUGGAGUUGCACGCGCUGCGCUUCGACGAAUAUGCUGCUGAGUGUUGCAUUCCUCGCAUUUCUCGUCGUUGCUCCGUGUUACGCUAGCACAGAGAAGGCAAGCUACGUGAAACCUCCUCCGUGUCAGAGCGAUAUUUACUGCCAUGGCGAGCUGCUGCACACGAUACAGAUGGCCUCGAUCUACAAGGACUCGAAAACGUUCGUCGACAUGAAGAUGAAAUACUCGCCGAACGAGACGCUGCUCUUGUUUCGCCAAUUCAUGGAACGCGUGGAUCAAACACCGACCAGGAACGACAUCGAACAAUUCAUCAACGACACGUUCGACGAAGCGGGAUCCGAGUUCGAGGAGUGGAACCCAGUGGACUGGAUCAGCCAACCGAAGUUCCUUAACAAAAUCCACGACCACGAUCUUCGGAAAUUUGCUUUCGAUUUGAACGGAAUUUGGAAGAUGUUGGGACGAAAGAUGAAGGACGACGUGCGGAUCAACGAGGAUCGAUAUUCCAUCAUCUACGUGCCGAAUCCGGUGAUCGUGCCCGGCGGCCGAUUCCGCGAGUUCUACUACUGGGACUCGUACUGGAUCGUGAAAGGGCUGCUGCUUUCGGAGAUGUACACCACCGUCAAAGGAAUGUUGACCAAUUUCGUCUCGCUGGUGGACAAGAUCGGUUUCAUCCCGAACGGAGGCAGAAUUUACUACGCUAGAAGAUCUCAGCCUCCCAUGUUGAUCCCUAUGGUCGAAGAGUAUCUGAAGGUGACCAACGACUACAAAUGGCUGGAAGAUAACCUUCACCUUCUAGAGAAGGAGUUUGAAUUUUGGAUGACCAAUAGGACGGUGGAUAUCGAAGUGGAUGGAGUGAAAUACACUUUAGCCAGAUUCUUCGAGGAGUCUUCGGGACCUCGACCAGAAUCCUACAAAGAGGAUUACCUGACCAGCCAAAGUUUUCGCACGAACGAAGAGAAGGACAGCUAUUACGCGGAAUUGAAGACCGCGGCCGAGUCCGGCUGGGACUUUUCUAGUCGAUGGUUCAUACUAGACGGCACGAACAAAGGUAACCUGACGAACUUGAAAACGAGAUACAUUAUCCCCGUGGACUUGAAUUCGAUAAUAUAUCGAAACGCGCAGCUGUUAGAACGGUACAAUCAAAGGAUGGGCAACGAGACGAAGGCCGCGUACUAUCGGAAAAGAGCGGAGGACUGGAAACGAGCGGUCACGGCCGUUCUGUGGCACGACGAAGUCGGUGCUUGGCUCGACUACGACUUACUGAACGACAUCAAAAGAGAUUAUUUUUAUCCGACGAACGUUCUACCGCUUUGGACCGAUUGUUACGACAUCGCAAAGAGAGAGGAAUACAUAGCGAAGGUGCUCAAGUAUCUGGAGAAAAAUCAAAUAAUGUUAAAUUUGGGCGGUAUACCGACCACCCUCGAACACUCUGGCGAACAAUGGGAUUACCCGAAUGCCUGGCCGCCCUUGCAAUACUUCGUCAUCAUGUCGUUGAAUAACACCGGAGACCCGUGGGCGCAGAGGCUCGCCUACGAGAUCAGCGAACGAUGGGUUCGCAGCAACUGGAAGGCGUUCAACGAGACGCACAGCAUGUUCGAGAAGUAUGACGCCACGGUAUCAGGCGGUCACGGAGGUGGCGGUGAGUACGAGGUGCAACUAGGUUUCGGUUGGAGCAACGGGAUCAUCAUGGACUUGCUGAACAAGUACGGAGAUAGACUGACAGCCGAAGAUCGUUUCGUAAUAGAGCAGACCUUGGCCCCGCCAGCGGUCGUCGUUUCGACCGCCGGUCAAGUGAUGACCGGUAUUCUCGCCCUCGUAAUAUCGUUGGCCGCGGGAUUCAUCGGAAUGGUGGUUUACAAAAGGCGACAAUAUUAUGUUCCUGGACCGUCGACGAUGCCGAACAAGAGAAAAGUGAUGUCACCGACCGGAAACGUUUAUCGAAAGAGGAUCGCCUACACUGAAUUGAAGGACAUGAACAAUGAUUGACGACUGUUGCUCUUUUAGAAAGCCGAUUCGUUUAAAGAGACUCUUAAAGCGCAACAAGAGCACAAGAAGACCGGGGAUAGGAUAAAAGGAGCGCAGACGCAAAAAGGACACCAACUAGAAACCAGAAACCGUCGAUUACUGACUGAUCGCGAUCAAGAUCGACCGUGAAUCAACCAACGAAGAUCGUCGCUUUCGAUUUUCUCGCCAAAGGCUAGAAAGCUUGGUAACAAUUCGUGUGCGGUUUCAGAUCGUCCUCGCACGAUUCGAUUACGCGAACAUCGUCGCCGUUGAUUCGCGCACGCAUCCAUCGCGGUGAAUCUUCCGACUCGAACGUUUUUACGGUCGGAUAUUCGUAAGAAAAGUUCGCACGUUGGUCGUGCGUGAUCGCGUCCGUCUCAAGUUAUUUUUCUCUUUCUCGGUUUUCAGUUCGGUAAGUGGAUCGCGCGCGCUACAUUCGCGGGGAAGGUGAUACGGUAGCACGGUGACACGUUAACGACUCUUUGUAGGACAACUCUGUCGCUGAUAGACUAAAGCGCAAAAAUUCGACUUCUCCGAAGGAAAACGUUAGAGAAGAGACGGCAGUGCGGAACGAUUUGGAACGCGACACAGCGUGGCACUAAAAGCCGCUGGAAACCGUGCGUUUCGCUCGCCAAGCUUCGCCGCGACUUCGACGGGUGUCCGCUCGCGUCGUGGGCUCCCCCACUUUAACUCUUCCCUUCCACUACGCGCUCGGCCUAAUUACACGACAGCUAUCUUUAUUGCAAUCACGCGCUUAUCCUUCUCGAAUUACCUUAUAAUUUCGAAACAUACUGGCGACGAGCGGAACUCGCGAAAUUGAACACGGAUGAUGGUGUGAAGAGCUGUGCUGUGCAAGGAUCGAAACGAACGACAACGUGCGUGCGUUGAAGCUCGGAUGAAGAAUGUGCAACUUUGCGACCAAGCUUCGUGGCACGUACUUCCACGUUUAUUGUUUAUAGGUGAGUUUAGAUAAUCGAUUCUGUAGAUAAAAAUGUCGUAUCUUUGAGGAUAUUUUUGUAUAAAGAGCAACUUGCACGUUUAGUGAAAAUCGCGUUCUCAUUGCUAUUUACCAUCCGGGAUAAUUCGCUUGAGCGUUAUUAUCGACUUGUACAAACGAGUCGCGCGAAGUUGCCGCAAGGUGCACAUCGCUAUCCGGAAACGUUGACGAGAUGAACGAUCAAUUACCGACGACGAGAUUUCGCAAGAACCGGUCUUCGUGCUUUGUAUCCGUCUAAUUGUAAAAAAUGCAUCGAGCUAUCCUCGUUCGUUUGUGACGACCGAAUCGAAACAAGAGACGUCGUUUCUAAUCCGAACUCUAUGCUCGUCCAACUUUUCUUGUAAAUAGUAAUGCGUGUUUUCGUUGUUCGACGAUUUGGAACGUCGAUACGCGGAACGUAAUUGGCCAAACGCAUAAGACAAUUUAAACCGUUACUUCGACUACAAUCGUUGUUUAUAGACAGUUUUACGUAUUGAAAAGCUCGAACGAACAAAAUGUAGCACGGCCACGGAACGAGUUACUGACGAAUCGUCGUCGAAGCGCGUCAACCGACGAAUCGAAGAUCGACUGGUUCGAGACUGAAGAACGUUACCGCGAUAUCUGCAUCUUCCGAUAAUCGCGAUCGAUCGCCGGUCGACGAGCAUCGACCAACGAGCACCGCGUCUUAAUGAUUUUUGACACUGUUAGUUUUAUUGUGAGCGACGCGAAUAUUAUAUAUAUAUAUAUAGAUAGAUAGAUAGUUAGGUAGAUAGAUAGAGAAUUUUGUGUUUGCGAGUGAACGAAAAAUCGGCCGAGAGCCGAUGAAGAAUGAUCGCGGUUGAUCCUAAGAGGAAAUUUACCGCAUCACGAAGGAUGACGACGCGGUCGGAUGGACUCGAUCGUUAGCUGCGAUUGUUUCGCGCACGCGCGUGCCUAUUUUGAAACCAUCGCGCGCCGUCUUACCGACGAAAAUUCGCUCGAAACCUGUACAUAUUUUGCGGUGAAAUAAAUCUGUUAUUUUCGCGUUACCGUUUAACGACAAAGACGAAUCGCCUGGUUCGUUCAGGAUGCGCCGAGUCAGGAAGCGCAUCGUGUCUAACAAGCAGGAUAUUAAGAAACUAUAUUUGCGAUUUGCAGAUAAAACGGAACCGGUAAGAAUCGAACGAUUCCUUUUCCUGCGAAUAUCACAAUUUUCAACGCCUUUUAUUGGAUUGUUCGAAAAGUUCGUAGCAUCUUUAUUACAAAUUCCGCCUAUCAAAUAAUGAAAUGUUUGAACAACUAUACUGCUCUUGGUUGGAUAUUAAAGAAAAUUAGGAUGAAGUAUCCAAAAUUCGUUAAUAAAAUAUGUUUCUCUUUUUCAGUGGGACAAUGUCAAACGUUAUACAUUCAAAUUUUGAAUCGUAUCUAGAAUGUUCGUCUCUAUCGGCCUCGUUAUUAUUUAAUGUGAUUUUAUCUUUCUUAACUCACAUUACGAAUUUCCCGAACAGUCUAAUUUGUUAUUAAAUUCCUUCCAUUAACGACAACAAACUUCAAGAGAUUUUUCGCAAAAGAUAUCGUGGCUUUUUACCAUCAAAGAUGUUAUUGUUCCCAAUUUAAAAGGAACCACACGAUGUAUUUUACUUAACUAAACUAUUUUCUUCUUAUUUAUUUAUAUAUUGUUCGUCCUUUAAAGCGUCAUAACCCACGCGUUUUCUUUUAUUGUUUAAUCGCGUCGCAGAAAAGCACGAUUCUACUUUACCAUCGCAUGAAAUGAACGUUAUCAACAGAUUGCGAAUGUUUACACAAAUAUGUAUCAAACUGAAACAUAAAUAUAGAUUUCUUUCGAUUAUUAAAUGCUAUAAACUGUGCUUUACUCUGAAUAUUUUAUAUAUUUUUCUCUUAUUUUCCAUAAAUGCAUAAAUAUUCGCAACCUGGGUAUCAACAACGAUCAGUUCUUGCGACAACGAAUCGAACGACAAUUUUGACACACACUGUGUAUAUGAUACUUUGAUCAUUGUGAUACUUGGAAAUAAGUAACUACCCACGUGCCGUUAUAUAUGUAUUACGUUUCUUACAUCUUAAUUCUCUUUUCCCCGCGCCAAACUUCUUGUUUCUUUCGUUCGCAUUUGAAAACUAUGUAUAGAGGAAAAACACGAUAAGACGUAUUUCCCAUUUCUUUUCUGUAAUGCCGUAGUUUUAAAAUUCACUACUCUAUUAAUUAAUCUUACGUUAUCAAAAUUGUUCUUUUAUUUAAUAUUUAUUCUAAAUAUAUAUUUUUCCAUUUUAUUCAUAGUUUGAAAAACACUGCAUGAAGUCAUUAAGGUAUUGAACGUAUUAAAAUUUUCUUUAUCUUAACAAUCAUACUUCUGGCUAUUCAUGUCUGUCAGAUUCUUUCCCGUUCUAAUUAUUUUAUAUUAAAAUAUUCCUUUCCGAUUUUAAUACGAUAAUAAUUAACAUCGAAAAAUCAAGAAAAAAGUACUUAUCAUGUUUUCUCUUAAGACCUUAAUUCUUAAACGAAUCGGACAUCGCGUCCUUUUAUUUUCUUCGAACGAUUGUAAUCGCGAGUGCGUAACAAAAUCAUCGAAGGGGUUUCGUUCCUAUCGAUCGUUCGAUUGUUCAUGACUGACAUCAACGCCAUCAGAUUGAUGAUAAAAGAUCAAUUCUGAAUUCAUCUGAAUGCGAAUCUAGUAUUUUUUUAACCCUUAGAGAACUAAUAUCUCGUGGGAAUACUUGUAUAUGUGUGUGAUGCGUGUUUUCAUGAUCACCGAUGUAGUGUAAACAGGAAUAUUCGAAAUCGAAAGAUGGCUGCAACCGCGCAAAAUAUGUACACCCGCACAGAUAUGUUCAUUAAUAGCAGAAAAGAACAAGGAAAAAAGAAUAUAGAAAGAAAGAAGGAAAGGAA